GGAGGGGAGGAGGAGAGGCGGGGAUCCGGGAAUACAUAACGCACAUCGGGAUUAAAGAACCGAGCGGAGAGCGGGAGGGAGCCGAGUCUGCAGCCGCCGCCUCCGCCGCUGCCGCUGAAGGGCGAGGAAACAUGAAGACACCGCGCCGUGCAGCCGCGGCGGGAGCUUAUUUUUACCGGAGGUGAAACGGAAAAAAAUGAGCGAGGACACGCGCCCAGACGAUGACAGCUAUAUUGUGCGCGUCAAAGCGGUGGUGAUGACCAGAGACGAUUCGAGUGGCGGCUGGUUGGCGCAGGAUGGCUGCCUGAGCAGAGUGGGCGUGUGCAGGCUGCUGUCGGCGGAACUGCUGGGACGCAAUACCUUCCUCAUCCACGGAGAACGCCUCAAAGACAAGCAGGUGAUUCUGGAGUGUUUCUUAAAGAAGGAUCUGGUCUACACAAAGGCCACGCCAACUUUCCACCACUGGAAGGUAGAUAACAAAAAGUGUGGCCUGACCUUCCAGAGUCCAGCCGACGCCAGAGCCUUCGACCGCGGGGUGAGGAAGGCCCUGGAGGACCUGACAGAAGGGUCGACAACGUCCUCAUCAACGCUGCAGAACGAGGCGGAGCUCGGAGAUGACGAUGUCUUCACGACGGCCACCGACAGCUCGUCCAACUCGUCCCAGAAGAGAGAGCCAACAAUGCACACACUGGCCCCGCCCAACUUCUGCGAGACCCGUCGACACCACUGCAUCCUGGGACAUUUCUACGAACAGCACCGGCCCUCGGAUCACUACUUUCUGGAGCAGGCGGUGCACAUGUUCCCUCGUCACGUCAGCUUCCAGGUGGAGGAGGAAGAGAUCGUACGCAUCAACCCCCGCGAGCGUACCUGGUUCACCGGCUACGAGGACUACCGCCACGCCAACUCCACGCGUGACAAACUCUCCCAGCCCGACAACCUAGACGCCUAUGUUCACUUCGCCAAGAGCGAGCCGCCCAAACAUGACUACACCUACCCGUACCCGCUGAGCUGCGACAUGCAGCGAGGCUGCGAUGGCAAACCCGGCUGCCUGGAGCUGGGCAGCGGCCACAGAGCCGUGGUGACGGUGCAGCCGCUAGCUCUACAGCCCAAAGGCAAGAGGCGAAAGGAGGACGGUGAGCGCUCGCGCUGUGUUUACUGUCAGGACAUGUUCAACCAUGAGGACAAUUGGCGGGGCCGCUGCCAGGAAGCACCUGACCCCAUUCAGACCUGCAUCAGGCGGGUCAGCUUCAUGUGGUGCGCAGACAGCCUGCUGUAUCACUGCAUGUCGGACCCGGAGGGAGAUUACUCGGACCCGUGCUCCUGUGACACAAGCGACGAGCGCUUCUGCCUGCGCUGGGCGGCGCUGGUGGGUCUGUCGCUGUUGGCGCCCUGCAUGUGCUGCUACGCCCCCCUCAGGGCGUGCUACCAUUGCGGCGUAGCCUGCCACUGCUGCGGUGGGAAACACAAAGCUGUGGGCUGAGUCGUCACAGGCCUCGCCCUCCUCACAGAGACAGCAAGGACUCAUGGGAGCAGGCGGGAAACAGAGGCUGCUGUGAUUUUUACAUUGUUGUUGUUCUCGUCUCUGAUUUCCAGAAAGAGCAAAAGAAGAACUUUGUCUCAACAGAUGGAAAAAAAGUUUCCUGAUGUUUUCUGUUUGUCUUUUAUGACAUUGGGGAUCAAAAGGCUUCCAAUUCUCACAAAGACGUAAAAAAAUUAUUAUAUAUAUAUAUAUAUAUAUAUAUAUAUAUAUAUAUAAAGGUACUUUAUAUUUUUACACUCAUGUGUUUUAAAGGCUUGAAUAUAUGAUAAGCGUUGUGUGAGGUCAGUAUGAAUGUUUGUAGAGGGAACUGUAGUUCACUGACACAGUGCAAAACAUUUUCACCCUAACAAAACAUUUUAGGGUGCUCAUAAUAAUCAUUUCAAAAAACAAAUCAAGUGUCGGGAGAUAAUUUCACCUUAAGGGGUUAGUUUAAUAUAAAAAAAAAAAAAGGUAUUCACAAAGAAAUUUAGAUAAUUGAUGGAGAUCAAUCAUGACAGCAGUAUUGAUCUUCUCAUUAAAUCCUCAGUAACAAAGCAUUUGUUCUAACUUAAACUUCUACACACAGUCACUCCUGCUGUUAAGAUGAAUGUUUUUCACUGUGUCGGCAGCUGUGGUUCCCUGAUGUUCAACUGAGGCACUUAACUGGUCUGAAAGCUGCUCUGCUUACCUCCCAGCAAACUGAACAGAUACACUAGUUUGGCUGACCAAUAAGAUGGCAGUUCCCAGUCCUCAAUAGUCCAGAAACACACAUCUGACAAUUUGCCAGAAGGUAACAUUUGCAAAACUGUACCUCAGCCUGUUAUUUGAAUAAUCAAGUCUAAAGUUUUAUGCAGAUGAGUCAUCCGUGUGUAUUUACUAACUUGCUACUACUACUACUAUCUUGCAUUCUGGUCAUACUGGUCUGUCUUUUAUGGUUUGUGGUUUGGAGGUUUGUUUGAUGAUAACAACAAAAAACCCCAGUAAGAGCAAAGCUUUGACAGAACACUGCUUUAGAUGUGUGUGUGUGUGUGUGUGUGUGUGUGUGUGUGUGUGUGUGUGUGUGUGUGUGUGUGCGUGUGUGUGCGUGCAAGGAUGUAUCUGAGACUGUCUGUCAAAGGGCUGGGUAUAAAAACGUAUCCGUAAUGUAAAAUAAUUGAAUAAUGUACUUAACUCAAA